AUGUUUUCCAAACCAACAUGCGCGAGGAAUGCUUUGCGUCAAAUGAGCCAACCCGUAACAAUAUCAGUUCGUGGAAAAAGAACGAAGAGUAAGGGACUGGUUUCACCAGCUCUACAAAGGGUCGUUACGCAAUUAAGUGUCAUGUCAGCAGGCAAAAAGCAGCCAAGAAUGCUGAAAUUAUCAAGAGAAGACUUGAUCAAACAUCAGGUAAUUCAGCGAUGCUGGGCCACGUUUCAACAGGAAUCGCGUGAAAAGCAAAAUGAUCAGAUGAGAGCUCAAUACAAGAGUGCCGAAAAGGCGAUGCAUAUGUUGAGAGAAAUUGACACCAAUCUCUACAAUGCUGCAAAUGCAAAUGAAGCGGGGAAAAGAUUUCCGCUCGAGAUUAGAAUACCCACGGAGCAUCCUCCUAGUAAGAUAUGGAAUUACAACUUGAAGAAGAAAACUUAA